AUGGUGGUCUCUAGCAGCAGCAGCAACAGGUUGUUCAUCAUUACUCUGCUUUUUGUUUCUGGUGCAUCGGAAAUAUAUGCAGCUACUGUAACUUGCCUCAGAGGCCCUUGUUAUAGCCAGAAGCUAAGUUGUCCAGCUGAAUGUCCACAGCUAUAUCCAACCAAGCCAAAUGUAAAAGCUUGCUAUAUUAACUGUGCUUCACCAAUAUGCAAGCCUGAAUGCAGAAAUCGAAAACCUAAUUGUAAUGCGCCUGGAGCAGCGUGCUUGGACCCUCGCUUCAUUGGUGGAGAUGGCAUUGUCUUUUACUUCCAUGGCAAGAGUAAUGAGCAUUUCAGCUUAUUAUCUGAUCUCAACCUGCAAAUCAAUGCCCACUUCAUUGGGCUCCGACCAGCAGGCAGAACCAGGGACUAUACUUGGAUUCAAGCCCUUGGAAUCCUCUUUGAUUCACACACUUUCUCUCUUGAGGCCACCAAAGCAGAAAAAUGGGAUGAUGAAAUUGAUCAUCUAAGAUUCACCCACAACGGCAAAGAGCUAGUGAUACCAGAAGACCAUUUAUCUUCAUGGCAGUCCCCAGAAAGCAACAUUAGAGUGGACAGAACUUCAAGCAAGAACAGUGUCCUAGUCACUCUCCCAGAGUUUGCAGAGAUAUCAGUCAAUGUUGUGCCCGUAACUAAAGAAGAUGAUAGAAUUCACAAUUACCAGAUACCUUCUGAUGACUGUUUUGUUCACUUAGAGGUUCAAUUCAAGUUUUAUGGCUUAUCCUCGAAGGUUGAAGGAGUUCUUGGAAGGACUUACCAGCCUGAUUUCAAGAACCCUGCAAAGCCAGGAGUAGCAAUGCCAGUUGUGGGAGGUGAAGACAAGUACAGGACAACUUCUCUGCUUUCUGCUGAUUGUGCCUCGUGUAUGUUCUCUUCUGCCGGAUUUUUGGACCAAAAAGAGGAGAUACUGGUGAAGGAUUUUGGCACGCUAGAUUGCACUAGUGGUUCCAGCGGUGGAUAUGGAAUAUUUUGCAGCAAAUAAGAGCUAUAUAUAUGCUCAAAGAACAUUGGAAGAUUUCCCUUUUCAGAGAAUAAUUGAAGUUUGGCUGGUAGGUUGUGACCUGGCUUAUGUGCUUCGACAAAUAAAUGACUAGAUUGCUUAAAUUUUGCACCCACG